CCCAAAUUUCAAUCCCCACCGGUUUCUCUCCGCCGCUCUUCGUCGGAAAAAACCCAUAAAAUCCGAUACCCAAUUUUUUCUUCUCCUUUUCUUGAUCUUCGUCUUCUUCCUUCUUUCCCCCAAAUUUGAUUUCUCUGCAAAAAUGGGUUUGAAAGGAUUCGCCGAAGGUGGAAUUGCUUCCAUUGUUGCCGGUUGCUCCACUCACCCACUUGAUCUAAUCAAAGUUCGGAUGCAAUUAGACGGCGAGAAACCGCCGCUUCCAUCUCUCCGCCCCGCCGUUGCUUUCAACGCUUCUCGUUCCGCCGCCGUUGUUACGCCGGAAUAUUUCCACAUUCCGCCGCCCCAACCUCCGCGCGUCGGACCCAUCUCGGUCGGCGUGCGGAUUGUCCAGUCUGAAGGCGUUGCUGCUCUGUUUUCCGGCGUCUCUGCCACUGUUCUCCGGCAGACUCUGUACUCCACCACUCGGAUGGGUCUCUACGACGUCCUGAAAACCAAAUGGUCUGACCCGAAUUCUGGAAAUAUGCCUCUGUCCCGGAAAAUCACGGCGGGGCUAAUCGCCGGCGGGAUUGGCGCAGCGGUGGGGAACCCGGCUGACGUUGCAAUGGUGCGAAUGCAGGCGGAUGGCCGGCUUCCGGUGGCUCAGCGGCGGAAUUACGCCGGAGUGGUGGAUGCCAUUACAAGAAUGUCGAAGCAGGAGGGUAUUACUAGUCUGUGGCGCGGCUCAUCGCUUACGGUGAACCGGGCGAUGAUCGUGACGGCGGCGCAGUUAGCGUCGUACGAUCAGAUCAAAGAGACGAUAUUGGAAAAGGGAGUGAUGAAGGACGGACUGGGGACCCACGUGACGGCGAGCUUCACGGCGGGGUUCGUGGCAGCGGUGGCGUCAAAUCCGGUGGAUGUUAUAAAGACGAGAGUAAUGAAUAUGAAGGUGGAGGCCGGGGCGGCGGCGCCGUACAGUGGGGCGUUGGACUGUGCAAUGAAGACGGUGAAGGCGGAAGGGCCAAUGGCCCUUUACAAAGGCUUUAUUCCGACGAUUUCACGGCAGGGACCGUUCACCGUGGUCUUGUUUGUCACACUCGAACAAGUUAGGAAGAUUUUUAAUCAAUUUUGAAUUUCUAGUUUUUUAUAAAUAAGAAUAAUUACAUACUCAAGUUUAUG